AUGCCCCAUGCUGCGCAUGACGGACUCUCCUUCGUCCCUGGUAGCCCUUUGGAGGUUGCACGCGGUGCGCUGCUGCCAAAGAUCCUCAUCGUAGCUCAGGGGGAGGCUGUGCUGAAGAAGCCAUUCAAGUCUCCGCACCCCGGCGCCCCCGCCAAGUCGAAUAUCGAGCUGCCGCCUGGCAUAGAGCCUCUGAUUCUGUGGACCCCGGCCGAGGGGCAGGAGGGCACCCCCGUGGAAGUUGACCCGAUGCUGACUCGCUGGCUCCGACCCCACCAGCGUGAGGGCGUGGCCUUCAUGUUUGAGUGCGUCACCGGCCUCAGGCCCUUUGAUGGCCAAGGCUGCAUCCUGGCCGACGACAUGGGGCUGGGCAAGACGCUGCAGGGCAUUGGCCUGCUGUGGACCCUGCUGCACGCCCGGGCCCCCGCCCUGGGGGGCACCCCCGUGGCCAAGCGCGCCAUCAUCUGCUGCCCCACCAGCCUGGUGGCCAACUGGGACUCGGAGUGCAGCAAGUGGCUGGACGGGCGGGUCAGGACGCUGCCCCUGGCCGAGAGCUCGCGGGAAGAUGUCAUCGCGGGGGUGAACUCCUUCCUCCACCCCAAUCACAUCCACCAGGUGAUGAUCGUGUCGUACGAGACUUUCCGGCUGCAUGCGGAGCGUUUCAGGGAGGCGGGCACCUGCGACCUGCUCAUCUGCGACGAGGCGCACCGCCUCAAGAACGACGCCACCCUGACCAACCGGGCGCUGGGUGCCAUGGCCUGCCGCCGCCGCGUCCUGCUGUCCGGCACGCCGCUCCAGAACAAGCUGGACGAGUUUUACGCCAUGGUGGACUUCUGCAACCCUGGGGUGCUGGGAGGUGCUGGCGCGUUCCGGCGCUAUUUUGAGGGGCCCAUCCUGGCGGGCAGGGAGCCUGACGCCAGCGACGCUGAGGUGGAGGCCGGCGCCUCACGCACCGCCGAGCUUUCCUCCAUCGUCAACCACUUCAUCCUGCGACGCACCAACACGCUGCUCUCCGCCCACCUCCCACCCAAGGUGGUGGAGGUGGUGUGCUGCAGCAUGACCCCCCUCCAGGCCUCCCUGUACACCCAUUUCCUCGACUCCAAGGCUGCGGCAGCGCUCUUCACCUCCCAGCGUGCCGCCAGGGUCCUCAGCGCCAUCACCUCACUCAAGAAGCUGCUCAGCCACCCCAAGCUCAUUUAUGACACGCUGCAUGCGCCCGGGGCAAAGGGGGGCGAAGCCGAUGGCUUUGCGGGUGCCGGUGCCUUCUUUCCCCCGGGCCUGUUUGAUGACGGACGACCGGGGCGGGGUUCCAUGCCCCUGGGUUGGGAGCACCUCUCUGGGAAAUUCUCCGUGCUGGCAAAGCUCCUGGAUGUGCUGCGGCGGCUGACGACCGAUCGUAUCGUCGUUGUCUCCAACUAUACACAGACCCUGGAUCUUGUGGGACAGCUGUGCCGUGAGCGGGGCUACCCCUUCCUGCGCCUGGAUGGUUCCACAACCAUCAACAAGCGACAGAAGCUGGUAAAGGCCUUUUGUGAUCCUACUGAGGACCACUUUGUGUUCCUCCUCUCCUCCAAAGCUGGCGGAUGUGGGCUGAACCUCAUCGGCGGCAAUCGCCUCGUGUACGUGUACCGCUUCCUGACCACGGGCACCAUUGAGGAGAAGGUGUACCAGCGCCAGCUGUCCAAGGAGGGCCUGCAGCAGGAGCUGCGGGACCUGUUCACGCACGACGCCGCCACGUUGUCCAGCACCUACGACGCCGUCUGCGCCAAGAAGAAGGCCGGCACAGGCGGAGGGGGCGCCCGUCUUGCAGUGGGCGGCGCGGCCCAAGCCCCGCAGCGCGCCGGCGCCGGACCCGUGGGCCACCCUCCCGAGGAGGACCUGGGGUCCUGGGCGCACCACCGCAGCGUGCACAGCGUGCCCGACCCCGCGCUGCGCGAGGCCGGCGGCGAGCACGUGUCCUUCGUCUUCGCGCUGGAUGUGGCGGGGCGGGACAUCGGGCCCGAGGCCCCGUUGGCCCCCGUGGCGCGGCGCCCGGGCUCGGGGGCCGCGCCCUGGGGCGGGCGGGCGGGGCCGGGCCGGAGCGCGGCGCCGCGGCCCGCGCUGGACGGCGACAAGGAGAACCUGGGGGUGCCGGGGAAGGUGGCUGCCGCGGGGAGCACCGCGCUGGACGCCAGGGGCCUCAAGCCGACCAUGCCCCGACCCAUGAUCGGGCGGCCCAGCGGCCAGACCUUCUCCUUGCCCAAGCGCAUACGAGCAGGCCCGCCCGACCUCAAACCUGGCGGCGAGCCCCAGGCCCGGCCGCCAGUCCCCUCGCUUGCUGACAUGGACGAUGACGAUGCCUUCCUGUGA